GAGAGAGAGAGAGAGAGAGAGAGAGAGAGAGAGAGACGGGAGGGCGUAAGAGCGCGCGAGCGAGCCAACGAGCGAAGUGAGCGUGCACAGGAGAGGAUCCGUUUAUUCAGCUGCUGAAUGAGGAAUUGAACGGAGGGAAGGAUGAACAGACAGAUGAGAAUAGGAUGAGUGAAUGAAAGGAUCCUGACCUGGUCUUCCUCCAGAGUACCGAACCGAUUUGGACGUCAUCCUGUGCCGCGUCAACCCAGUAGAACUCAGUAGAGACCAGUGAAGCAUCUGCAUCUGCAGCAUCAGCAGAAAUGGCUCCAGCAGCCAUGUCUUUGCCUCCAUCCUCUUCAACCUCCCUCCGCCCCUCCCGCCUCUCCUCAUCGCUCCUCUUCUUACUGCUCUCCUGCUUUCUCCUGGUGUCAUGUCCUGGAUCGGUCCACGCAGGUUCAUCUGAGAGCAACUGCUCUGCUAGUGGAGACCCCUGUCAAGAAGGAGUGGUACUGCCCGUGUGGAACCCUCAGAAUCCUUCCGUCGGGGAUAAAGUGGCACGGGCCAUUGUUUACUUCGUAGCACUCAUCUACAUGUUCUUGGGAAUGAGCAUUAUUGCAGACCGAUUCAUGUCUUCUAUAGAGGUCAUAACCUCCCAGGAGAAGGAAAUCACUAUAAAAAGGCCAAAUGGUGAGACCACCACGGCCACCGUCAGAAUCUGGAAUGAGACCGUUUCCAAUCUCACUCUAAUGGCGUUGGGUUCUAGUGCCCCUGAGAUACUGCUGUCUGUUAUUGAGGUGUGUGGUCAUGGUUUUGAGGCUGGCUCUCUGGGUCCCAGCACCAUCGUGGGCAGUGCUGCCUUCAACAUGUUCAUCAUCAUCGCCCUGUGUGUGUAUGUGGUUCCUGAUGGUGAGACACGGAAAAUAAAACACCUUCGGGUGUUCUUUGUCACGGCGGCCUGGAGUGUCUUCGCCUACAUAUGGCUUUACCUGAUUCUGAGUGUGUUUUCCCCUGGAGAAGUGGAGGUGUGGGAGGCAGUGCUGACCUUCCUCUUCUUCCCCCUCUGCGUGGUCCAGGCCUGGGUGGCUGACCGUCGCCUCCUCUUCUACAAGUAUGUCCGUAAGCGCUACCGAGCUGAUAAGAACCGUGGUAUCAUCAUUGAGACCGAGGGAGGGGCUGAUGGAGGAAUAGGAUGUAUGGACGGAGGAGGAGGCGCACUGGGUCCGGGGGGUUUCACCAAGAUGGACAUGCUGGAGCUGGAUGGGCAGAUGGCGUUAAAUUGUCACAGUGGGAUGGACGGAGGGAUGAUGGAGGAGGGAGGAGCAAAGGACGAGGAAGAUGAAGCCAGAAGGGACAUGGCGAGAACGCUGAAGGAGCUGAAGCAGAGGCAUCCCGAUAAAGACAUGGAGCAGCUAAUUGAGAUGGCUAAUUAUCAGGUCCUGAUGCAGCAGCAGAAGAGCAGAGCGUUCUACCGUAUACAAGCAACCAGGAUGAUGAUUGGAGCUGGCAACAUCCUCAAGAAGCACGCUGCUGACCAGGCUCGCAAGGUGGUGAGCAGCCAUGAGACUCAGGCCCAGGAGGACGACCCACACACCAUCAGGAUGGAGUUUGAACCAUCUUUGUACCAGUGCUUUGAAAACUGUGGCUCCUUGAAACUGACCGUUUCCAGACACGGAGGAGACGCCGGAGUUACUGUCAAGGUGGAUUAUCGCACAGAGGACGGUACAGCAAACGCAGGUUCAGAUUAUGAGUUUGCUGAGGGAACACUGCUGUUUAAGCCAGGAGAGACCCUCAAAGAGAUCACAGUUGGAGUGAUUGACGACGACAUCUUUGAGGAGGAUGAGUAUUUCUACGUCCACCUCAGUAACCCUCGCGUGGUUGGUUAUCCUGAGAUUGGCACUGCCCCGCUGGAUGCCAGUGCCACACCCAAAGCCGUGCUGGGAGACAACCACACAGCCACAGUGACCAUCUAUGAUGACGAUCAUGCAGGUAUCUUUACCUUUGAGAGUGCCAGUCAGAGGGUGAGCGAGAGUGUAGGUGUAAUGGAGGUGAAGGUGCUCAGGACGUCAGGGGCCCGAGGCCUGGUGGCUGUGCCCUACCGAACUGUGGAUGGCACCGCUAAAGGAGGGGAGGACUAUGAACUGGCUGCCGGCAAGCUGGAGUUUCAGAAUGAUGAGACCAUGAAGAUCAUCGAGGUGAAGAUUAUCGAUGAUGAGGAGUAUGAGAAGAACAAGACCUUCACCAUCGAGCUUGGAGAGCCCAUACUGUUAGAGAUAGGCCAGAAACACGGUGACUCCAAUGAGAACAAGCCACUGGUGGGAGCAGAGGAGGAAGAGGUGGCCAAGAUGGGCUGUCCCAGUCUGGGCGAACACACACAAGUAGAGGUGGUCAUUGAAGAGUCCUACGAAUUUAAGAGAGCAGUAGAUGAGCUUAUUUGGCGAGCUGACAAGAGUACGGUAGAUAAGCUGAUCAAGAAGACAAACCUGGCCUUGGUGGUGGGAAGCAGCAGCUGGAGGGAGCAGUUUGUUAGUGCCGUUACUGUCAGUGCAGGGGACGACGACGAGGAAGAGAGCGGCGAGGAGCGGUUGCCGUCCUGCUUUGACUACAUCAUGCACUUUCUAACCGUCUUCUGGAAGGUUCUGUUCGCCUUCGUCCCUCCCACAGAGUACUGGAACGGCUGGGCCUGCUUCAUUGUUUCCAUAUCGCUCAUCGGCGUCCUGACUGCGGUCACCGGCGAUCUGGCGUCACACUUCGGUUGCACGAUAGGCCUGAAGGACUCUGUGACAGCUGUGGUGUUCGUGGCGCUGGGAACAUCGGUGCCAGACACUUUCGCCAGCAAGGUAGCAGCCAUUCAGGACCAGUACGCCGACGCCUCCAUCGGUAACGUCACCGGCUCCAACGCUGUCAACGUCUUCCUUGGCAUCGGCGUGGCAUGGACCAUCGCCGCCAUCGCUUGGCGCUCAAAGGGCAAGACGUUCAGGGUGGACCCGGGAAACCUGGCCUUCUCCGUCACCCUCUUCACAAUCCUGGCUGUGGUGUGUGUGACCACGCUGCUGUAUCGACGACGAGCGACGGUGGCCGGCGGCGAGCUGGGCGGGCCGCGGACUUGCAAGAUGCUAACGUCACUGCUCUUCGUCUCACUGUGGCUGAUUUACAUCCUGCUGGCUUCACUGGAGGCCUACUGCCAUAUACCACUGUUCUAAAUGGAGAGGGGAGGGGAGGAGGAGAGAGACCCACUGCCAAUACGGAGAGAGAGAGUGAGAGAGGGAGGUCAAGGAGAGGUGGCUAGUAGACUUGGAUCAAAAUGGGCUUAUUCUGAUAUUAUUUCUUUAAAUUGCCUCUUUUUUAAAGUCCAAAACAAUUUUCAGCAUCUCUGAUUUUUUUCUUUUUAUGUAUUUCAGAAUAUGAAAUUAUUUAUUAUAAUUUUUUAAGCAUUAGGUGCUCUUGCUCUUCAUUCAUUGAUGAAAAACCUUGAGGCAUGCAUACAGCCUCUAAAUUAAGGAUUAUUCAUCAUAUGGCAUUAAUGAAAAAUUGCAAUGUAGGUUUUAAUGAAGCUAUUUUUGUUGCCUCAGUAACCCAUCACCACCAGUGGAAAACACUGUUUAACAGAUAAUACAAAGCUGAUCUUGUUCCAGUUAUACUGCCGAACCAGCAGGAGAGAAGAAGAGCUGUUAGCCUGCCUCCAAAGGGAAAAACAAAAGAGAGGAAGAAGGUUAAGGAUGAAAGGUUAAAGAAAACGAAAGGAGGAAGAGGAAGCUGGAGGCAUCAAAACCAGAGAGAGAGAGCAGAGGACAGAACACAGAAACAAAACAGAAUAUUCUCCACCCCCUCCUCACUCCUCUCUCUCUCUCUCUCUCUCUCACUCUCUCUCUCUCUCUCUCUCUCUCUCUCUCGCUUUCACUUAGCUCUUCAUCUUCAACCCCUCUUCCCCCCAGGUGUACAAACACACGCGUUGCAGCCCUCAGGUGAAUUUGCAGUGGAGGACCACUCAGUAACUUGCGGGCGAACAGGCAAGAUAAAAACUGACAACCUCUUUUUGUCCCAAUCUCAUUUCUUUCUCUUCUUGAAUACACUGUGCGAAAUAGUCCUUUCACCCGACAACACACACACACAGAAACUGUACACACUCCUCUGUCCCUCCCUCUUGCCUUACUUAAUCUCCCCUUGUAGGAAUAGUCUCAAAGUUGUGGUAUUGAAACAUACUCACCACUGACCGAUGCUCUUUUUUGAUGGAGUCAAUCCCAAGUCCCUCUCCUUUUAUGCCAAUCAACAGCCUCGAUUUGUCCUGUGAAGGAAACUCGCCCUCCCUCUUUUUUCUCAACUUUUCAAUGGCGUCACAUGUUGAUGUAGUUACCGUGCAAUUGUAAAAAACAAAAAAGCAAAAACAAACAAAAAAAAAAACAUAAAUAUAGUGUGGAGAGAUGGACAUAAAGAACG